GUGCGAGUCUAUCCGCAGACAUGCAGCAGUAACAACCAGUAUCCUCAAAUCGUCUCAGUUUCACCUGUCGGCAUAAAGAGCGUUUAAAAAGAGACCGUGAGAAGUUGUGAGUGUGAGACCAUCCUCAGACAGCAGUAUAACAAACAGUAUUCCCAUAUCGUAUCAGUUAGACAACGAAGCUUUGUUGGCCUUUUAAACAUUCAUAAAGAUAAAGCAAAUGGCAGAAAAUCCCGGAAUAGGGCAAGGAGGACCUAGAAUUAUUGUUCAGGGUGGUGCGUUUAACCCGUAUCAGGACCGACCGGGACGAAAAGAAGAUUUUAUGACAGGAGUAAAAGAAUCUGCCAAGGCGGGAAACGCUAUUUUGACCGACGGUGGCACGGCGGUCAAUGCUGUAGAAGCAGCAGUUCGUGAACUGGAGAACAAUGGGAAUUUUAAUGCUGGCUAUGGAUCGUAUUUGAACAACAAUGGUGAAGUGGAAUGCGAUGCAUUGAUUAUGGAUGGCAACACAUUAAAUACUGGUGCAGUGAUGAAUGGACGUUAUUUUCGUAAUCCUGUUUCUCUUGCCAAAAAGAUCAUGGAGGAUUCGCAUCAUUGUGCGUUGUCUGGUGAUGGAGCGCUGGAAUUUGCUUUGCGCCAUGUGGUAACACUCUAUGAUCCGCCGAAAUUGAUCAGCGAGCGUGCCCGUGAGAAAAUUUGUAAAUACGAAGACUUUCCAAAUACUGUUCGCACUAUCUAUCCGGGAGGCCCCUUCGAAGAAGAGGGCGGCGAAUAUGGCGGUGAAUAUGAUACUGUUUCAGCUGUUGCUAUGGAUGCCGAGGGCCAUCUGGCGUGUGCGACGUCAUCAGGUGGUAUACCUGGCAAGUUGAAAGGUCGGGUUGGCGAUGCAGCGCUGGUUGGUUGUGGGGGUUACGCAAAUAAACACGGAGCAGCCACUGUUAGUGGACAUGGAGAGUCGAUAAUGAAAAUGACUCUGGCAAGAGAAGUUGUUUCCAUGAUGGAAGAAAAUGAGGAAAAAGAACCAAAAGAUGCUCAGGAAUCUGCAGAAAUUGCUUCAAAGAAUUUGCUUGACUACAAUAAAUAUUGCGGUGCUUGUGGUGUAAUUGCUAUAGAUAAAAAUGGAAAAUUUGGGAGAAAAUUCACAACCAAAGCUAUGCCAUGGGCGAGCAUCGUGGGAAAGCAAAUGGAAUAUGGUAUGGAUCCAAAUGAAAGAAAAACUGAGUUCCUUUGAAACAAUUUACAUGAACAAUUUUAUAUUUUAUUUUUAUAUACUAAGUUUAUUUUCUUUCAAAAUAAUAUGUUUCAUCGUAUACUUACCUAGCUAUUAAAUUCAAUGAGGAAUUUGUUCACGCCAAUUUCAAAUUCAGUGAAAUAAUUUAUAUAUUAUAUUGUUAAGCCCUGUUUG